AAGGGGACUGCAUUCCCUUUUGUCUUUCUCUCUAAGGUUUGGAGGGUAACCUGGCAGUGUCACAAAGAUGUCUCUUCACGCUACGAGGGCCAGUGCUCUCCUGGCCUGGGUGAACAGCCUGAAGGUCGACAAUCCCCUGAGUGCUCUGUCACAGCUCCGGGACUGCAGUGUCUUCCUCAAGAUCAUCGACAAAGUCCAUGGCUCUGAGGAGGGACGGUCUGUUCUGCAGCAGCCCUUGCCGGAGAGGAUCGAGUUCAUCCGGAGCUUUCUACAGAAGCACUGCAAGCACAAGUCAACCAUGGAAAGCCCCGUGUCCAUACCGAAACUCUUGGAGGGAGAGGAGCUGGAGCUGGCCAAGGUGACCAUGCUGCUCCUAUACCACGCCUCCAUGAGCACCAAAAGCUCCAGGGACUGGAACGAAUUUGAAUACAAAAUCCAGGCGGAGCUGGCGACGGUCCUCAAAUUCGUGCUUGACAACGAAGAGAGCCUGAAUGAGAACCUGGAGCUCUUCCUGCAGAAGAAAGUGCCGCUUUCAUCCUCCAGCAUCUCUAGCACCAGCUCCGAGGAGCAGUCUCCCGUGUUCUCCCGCCAGCACAAGCGAGAGGUGCGCUUCCUGGAGCUGCAGAAGAUCGCCUCCUCAUCCAGCAUGAACAACUUCCUUCCUGUCUCGCCCGCCUCCCCCAUGGGCGACAUCAUGCAGACCCCGCAGUUCCAACUGAGACGGCUGAAGAAGCAGCUGGCAGACGAGAGGGAAAACCGGGAUGAGCUGGAGCUGGAACUGACAGAGAACCGCAAACUCAUCACAGAGAAGGAGACUCAAAUCACCAUGAUGCAGCAACGGAUCGACCGCCUGACUCUUCUCAAUGAGAGACAAGCUGCAGAUCAGCUGGAGCCAAAGCAGCUGGAAGAGCUGCGGGAAAAGAAUGAAAGCUUGAUUCUGCGUCUGCACGAGGCUCUAAAGCAAUGUCAGGACCUGAAGACUGAAAAAGGCCAGAUGGACCGAAAAAUCAACCAGCUCUCCGAGGAGAACGGGGACCUCUCAUUCAAGCUGCGGGAGUUCGCCAGCCACUUGAUGCAGCUGCAAGAGGCUUUGAACGAGCUCUCCGAGGAACACAAUGCGGCACUGGUGGAGUCGGGGGAGAAACAAGCCCACCUGGAGACCGAGCUCCACACCGCCCUCCACGAGAAGAAAUGCUUGGAAGAGAAGAUGGAGAUUCUGCAGGGGAAGAUCUCUCUGCUGGAAGACCAGCUGACAAAGCUGGGGGAGAGUGCCACGCAGGAGAAAGGAGAGGUUAUGGGGGACAUCCUGAAGCUUGAAGAGUUAAAGCAUGAAGUGGCCAGCCUCUCUGCUAAAGGGAUAGAGCUCCAAGCCACGAUCCUUCAGCUGGAAGAGGAGAAGGGCCUCCGUGAGGCAGAUCUUCAGUCUGAACGGAGCCGCUUUGAAGAGGAGAAACUUCAGCUCACGGGCCUCAUCGCCAACCUCCAGAGCUCAGUCUCUGAGCUCCACCUGGCUAAAGAGAAGCUGGAGCAGGACUCCAGAGCUCAGGAGGAGCGCCUGACCGCCCAGGUAAACACACUCACCACAGAGAUUGCUAAGCUAAAUGGCUUCCUCCUCCAGAGGGACCAGGAGCUGGUGACUCUUCACCAGCAGGUGGAGGAGGAGAGGAUUCAGAAGGGACAGCUGGUCGAAGAUCUCCAGAAGCAAGAGCAAUCCUCCAGGGAGACCAUCCAAGGACUGAGCCUCCAGGUGGACCAGCUCAGUGACACCCUGAAGCACAGCGAGGAGAAGCUGGUGCAGUUCACCCAGCAGAUGGAAGCUACAAGCGAAGGGGAAGCCAGACACCUGGCAUCCUUGAGAGAAGAGCAUGCGAAGGCCAUGCAGGAAAGGGAGUCUGCCCUGCGGCAGCUACAGGAAUUCCAGCAGGAACAGGAAGCGGAGCUGGCAGCCCUGACCGCUCAGCUGCAAACGUUGGAGAAAGCCAGAGAUGCCAGCCAGGCCUCUGCCAUAGAGAUACAGAGGGAAAAAGCUGAAUUGAGCCGGAGAGUCCAAGAGCUGGACGCCAGAGUCCUUGAACUCACUGCCCGGUGCUCGCAGAGCGAGGUCCAAGCAGCAGCUGCGGAGUCACUGAGAGCCCAGCUCCAGGAACUAGAGAACAAGCUGAAAGACGGUCAGCAGAAACUCUCCGACAAGGAGCGGCUGGCCAAGGAAAACGCCCAGCUCCAAGAGCGGCUCCUGGCCAUGGAAGAGUCCGUCCGGAACACAGAGGGGAUCUUGGAGGAUGAGAAAAGGAGAGCUUCAGAGACCCUUGAAGGGAAUCUUAAAAGGAUAACUGAGCUGGAGUCCCGAAUGCAGCAGCUGGCAGAGCACCGAGAUCAGGCUAUGCAGGAGGUGGGCGAGGAGCAGGCUAAGAGACAAGCGCUCACGCUGCAAGUGCAGCAGCUGGGAGACGAAUACAGGGCAAAGUCAGAGAGGCUGCAACGCCAGCUGGCAGAAAUGUCUUCGGCCGCUAAAGGGGGUGAAGGAGAGCGUGAGAGGCUGGAGGAGGCAAUAAAAGCUCUGAGUGGAGACCACAAACAGGCCUGCCAGCAGCUCCAGGCGGAGCAGGGCAAAGUGGCGGAGCUGGAGGCGCAGAUGAAACGCCUGACCACAGAGCAAGAAGAGAGGCUGGCACUGCUUCAGACUGACCUUGCCAGCGCCGUCGCACAGGUCAAGGAGAAGGAGAGCGUGGCGCUAAGACUCAGGGACGAUCUCGCCUCUCUGCAGGAGAAGACAGCGGCGUCCCAGCAGGAAGCAGCCCAGCGCAUAGCUCGGCUGGAGAUGGAUGCACGGAAGGCAGCCGAGGCACUCAAGGUUGUCACCAAGGAGUUGUCCGAUGAAAGGCUCAGGACGACAGAGCUGGAAGCGACGGUGAAGCGUCUUGGGGAACAGAAGCGUGCGGAGCUGACCGCUACGGAGUCUGACCUCUCCAGAGCAGCGCUGGUUCUGAAGGAGAGAGAACUAGAAGCGGAGAAACUCUCCAGUGAGGUUAAGCUGCUGAGCGCCAGGCUGGAAGAAACGCUGCAGAAGCAGAAACAGGCGCUCGCUCUUCGAGACACGGAGAUGAAGCAUCUGACGGGGGAGAUGGAGCAAGCCAAGGCAGACCUCGCAGCAGAGAAAGCCAGCAAGGCAGAGCUGGAAGUCCAGCUGCAGAACUCCAUCAAUGAGCAAAGGGCCGAGCGUUCUGCUCACCAGCAGGAGUUGGCCAGGUCCCUGGAACUGAUCGAGGAGAAGGAAGGGGAGCUGGACGAGCUCCGUCUGAAAAACGUCUCCCGUAACGAGGAGCUGAGAGACCUGCAGAAGACUGUUGUCAAGUUGAAAGGGGAGCUUGCCUCCGUGGAGGCACUGAAGGAGCGGGCGGCCAAGAUGGAAAAUGAGCUGCAGGGCUUCCUAGAGGUUGCCAGGACCCGAGAAGCCGAGAUUGACAGCAUCAAGUCCAUUGUGUACUCCAAGGAGAUGUCUCUCAAAAGCUUGGAGGAGAAGAUCCGACACACGGAGCAGGAAUCCAGCUCCAGCCAAGACCUCUACCAGGAGAAGCUGAAGGAGAGCGAGAUGCUCCACUCUGAAGUGGAGAAACUGGAGCAAAAGUGCAGGGAGCAGCGAGACACCAUUGCCAGCCUAGAGAAAGCAGCAGCUCAAACUAAAGCAGCCACUUCGGAGCAUCAGGAAGCCCAGCUGGAGGCCCUGAGGAGAGAGGUGACGCAGCAGAAGCAGAAGGUGUUGGAGCUGGAGAAACUCCUGGAAGCCUCUAGGUCAGCACAGGCUGGGCAAGACGGCACCAUAGAGAUGCUGAAGAAAGAGCUCUUGGAUAAGGGGAAAGAGCUGGUCCAGAGUAAAGACUCCAUCGCCGCAGCAGAGAAGGAGCUGGCGUCUCUACGCUCUUCAGUUCAAGAGAAGGGCACGUCGGAAGACAGCUGGAAGGAACAAAUUUCCCAGUGCUGUCAGGAAGUGGAGAGGAAAAACAGCCUGAUUGGCAGCCUGGAGCAGGAGGUGUCCAUCCUCCACCUGCAGGUCUUGGAGAAGGAGGGAGAGAGCAAGGAGCUGAAGCGCCUGAUCCUGGCGGAGUCGGAGAAGAGCAAGAAGCUGGAGGAGAGGCUGCGGGUGCUCCAGGCUGAGACGGCCACUGCCGCUUCUCGAGCAGCAGAGAGAUGCGCUCGGAUGAAGGCCGAAGUUCAGGCCUAUGAGGAGGAGACUGAGAAGCAGAGGAUGUCCAUAGAGGCCCUGAAGAGGCAACUGAGCUCCCAAGGCGAAUGCCAGGAGGAGCUCCGCCAAGAGGUGAAGGCCUGGCAGGAGAAGUGCUUCCAGAAGGAACAGCUCUUGUCCUCUCUGCAGCUAGAGCUCACGAAUGCCCAAGCCUUGGUCGGGGAGCUGAUGCCAGUGAAACGCCUCUACCAGCAGCAGCAGGCUGAGCAGUCCUCCCUGGAAAGCAAACACCGCGAAGAGCUGGAGCAGAGGCAGAAAGCAGCCGGUGCUCUGCAAGCAGAGCUUGCCAGAGCCAAGGGGGAGCUGGCAGAGCUCACCUCCCUCAAGGAGAGGUUCUCCGAACAAGACCGCGCCGUGCAGCGGCUGCAGGGGGAGAACGCCAGCUACGCCGAGCGGCUCGCCGUGCUCCAGCGGGCCAACGCCCAGCUGAUGGAGGAGAACCAAGUGCUCAGUGAGAAGUUCAGCCAAGGGCGGCGGACGUUUGAUGCCGAGCUCAGCCAGAUGAAGGAGAAGCACUGCCAGGAGCUGGAGGCCCUCAAGGCGGAGUCUGAGAAACUGGUGGCUGGGAGCCAGCGAGAGGCUGAAGACGCUGUGAAGAAGCUGGAGGCCAUGACCAACAAGUACGAGAACGCCAAAGUCAGGGUCCUCGAGGAGAGGCAAAAGUUCCAGGAGGAGAGGCAGAAGCUGACGACUCAGGUGGAGCAGCUAGAGGUAUUUCGGAAAGAACAAGCUAAGCAGGUGGAGGACCUGCAUAAAAAGCUGAGCCAGAACGAAAAAGCCACCCGAUCCCAGCAGGAGAAAGUGAAGGUGCGAGAAGGGGAGCUCCAGGCAGAGGCUGAUCGCCAGCAGGUGAAGAUAUCUGAGCUGCAGGAGCUGCUGGCCCAGAAGGAGAAGGCUGCAGAGCACUACAAAGGGCAGGUGGAGAAGGCAAAAACUUUCUAUGAGGCGAAGAAGCAGCAGAACCAAGACCUGGCGGAGAAGCUGAAGGGGAUGGAGCAGCUGCAGAAGGAGAAUAAUGACCUCAAGGCUGAGUCGGAGCGGCUGGCCAAGGAGCUGCAGCAAUCCAUUCUGCAGGCCAAGGAGUCGGAGCUCAGCUGCAGAAGCCUGACCAGCCAGGUCCGCAGCUUGGAGGCGCAGGUGGAGUUUGCCGAUCGCCAGUUACGGGAGCUUGGCAAGUUCCAGGUGGCUACGGAUACGCUGAAGAGCCGGGAGACCUUCCGUCAGAACCCGGCUGACGUCAGCACAGACAGCCUGGACCUGAGCGGUGAUGAGAUGCUGCCGCUCAACUCCACCAGCAGGAAGCCUGGCCGAUCCCAGUCGGAAAUCUCGGCCAUGCCGGGCAGCGUGGAAUCGCUCACAUCCCAACGGCUGCCUCGUAAAGUUGAGUCUCUGGAGAGCCUCUAUUUUACCCCCAUCCCCACCCGCACGCAGUCCAAACUGGAGAGCAGCAUUGGCUCCCUGGGCGACCUGUCCAUCGACUCGGGCUGCAAGACCCGUUCGGCUCGUCGGCGCACCACGCAGAUCAUCAACAUCACCAUGACUAAAAAACAGGCCGAGGCAGAGGAACCAGACAGCGCCAACGCGUCCUUCUACAGCGUGCAGUCGGCCCAGGCCCACCAGAACGCCCCUGCACAGAACCCCGCCAGGAGCAGGCUGCGCUCGGCUGCCUCCACCCGCUCCGUCGCCAGCUGCCGCUCUCAAGAAUCCCUCGCUGGGCUGGGAGCUGCCUCUCCCGAGGAGACCCUGGGCAACCCUGCACUGCUCAAUCUACCCGGCUACCGGCCUGCCACCCGCAGCUCCUUGAGGCGCUCUCAGGCGGGCAGCAGUUCCAGCCUCAGCCGCAGCAGCUUCUAUCUGGGCACCUGUCAGGAUGAGCCGGAUCCGCUGGACGAUUGGAACCGCAUUGCCGAGCUGCAGCAGCGCAACCGGGUGUGUCCUCCCCACAUGAAGACCUGCUACCCCCUGGAGUCUAGGCCCUCCCAGUCCCUGACCGUCAUCACGGACGAGGAGAUGAAGACGGGCGACCCGAAGGAGACGCUGCGCCGGGCCAGCAUGCAGCCCUCGCAGAUCGAGAGCGCAGCCGCCCGUCGCAGCACCCUCAGCACCGGCUGGGCAGGAGGCAUCGCCACACGGCAGCAGAGGAAGCGCAGUUCAGACGAAUCUCACCAGGGCCCAGACACCCCGGAGUCCAAGAAGCCAACCAGCUGCUUCCCGCGGCCCCAGACGCCCAGAGAGCGGAACGAGGAGCGCAAGCGUGGCGGCACGAAGGGCGAGCCCCAAGCGACCGGCAAGCAGCCCAACCGGCGCCAGUCCAUGGCCUUCAGCAUCCUGAACACCCCCAAGAAGCUGGGCAGCAGCCUCCUGCGCCGGGGCACCAACCGGAAAACGACGCCCAAAACCUCGCCCUGUGGCAGCGCUCGGCGGUCCCCCAGGAUAGCCACGGCCAAGUCGCCCAAGGGGAAGGGCAAGGCCAGCCGCAAGUCACCCAAGAACAUGAAAUUCUAA